AUGCAAAAUCAGCCUUUUUCAUCAGAACGGACCCCGUUUUCAUUAUCUUCCGCACUAGAUACCCUGGAAUCAGCCUCACAAACCCCGAGAUCUCUACAUACAGACGCCGCAGAUGCAGAUCCUGAGCAUGUCGGUGAUGACGAAGUGAGAGAUACCGGAAUAUAUAGUGAGAGCAAAGUGAGAGAUGUUGGAACGUAUAGUGAGCCUAAAGUGAGAGAUAACACACUACUAGAGCCAGUCCUAACCUCCGCUAUACAGACAACCAUACCAUCUGUUGAGACUGGGGGGGUGGAAUACGAAGAUGAGAUCUCAGAGAGCGAGAUGCAGCUAUCAGAUGGUAUUAACACUGCAAAUAUUAUCUCAGGGUCCAGAUCUCGGAAACCUAGGCAGGACCCCGACUAUGUAGUAUAUCUCGCUAUGGAAGAAGACGAACCACCAGCGCUAAACUGGAAUGAAGUCAAAUCCUAUCUUUACGCCAAAGACUUUAUAGCAGUAGCGGAAUUCGAGAUCGAUAUGUUACGUAGAAAGGAGACCUUCUCCCAGGUUCCGAUCCCGAAUAUACGAACCACACAAAUCCUGCUAUUGAAAUGGGUGUUCAUAUACAAAUUUGAUGCCGAUGGUGUGCUUGACAAGUUUAAAGCUAGAAUCUGCGUGCGGGGAGAUCUUCAGUGGAUGACACCGGAAGAAAAGAGAGCUGCUAUACUCGCGGUGAAGAUAGCGAGAGCGGUUUUUAGUAUGGCGGCGAGAUAUAGUCUGAUCACUAACCGGAGGGUUGAUACGCCCCUAAGUAUAGAGCCAUUGCUCCCCUUUGAUGGCGUUGCGAUAGCGAGCCAGAUCUAUGGUUUUCAGGCCAAAUACGCCACUACGAUCUCCAGACCAGACGCUGCAAAAGCAACUAGCAAACUGGCUGAAUUCCUUCUAAACCCCGGACCGAAGCAUCUAGAUGCUAUUGACAGAUACGGAGUUCAGAUGAAAGAUGAGAAUUCCAGCCUACAGCUUGCAGCAAAAUCUGUUGAAUUUAAGACUAUCACCACGUCUACCACCGAAGCAGAGCUUUUAGCUCUAUCCGAAGCAGUCCUCGAGUCCCUAGGGUUUAAACCCUCUCACAAGCUGUCAAUUGCAUGCGACAAUCAGCAGACUGUUGAUCUGCUAACAAAGGAAGGCGCCACUAUGCAUACAAAGCUUCGACAUGUUGACAUCAACAGGCUUUGGAUGAAACAGGAAGUGAAUGCUGGCCGCACUAACGUGUAUUGGAUUCCUACAGCAGAGAUGCCGGCAGAUGGCCUCACAAAGAUACUGCCGAGGCAGAAGCAGCAGGCUUUUAGACAUCUGCUUGGGAUGAGAGAAAUCAGAUAUCUGAUUAUACCCUAG